GAGAGGGAGAGGGAGGGAGAGCUACACGGUCAAACUGAGCUUUAUCUAUCGCUGUGGGUCACUUAACAAGAGCCAUUUGGAGCCAGAGGCGACCCGGAGCGCGCAGGAGCCGCAGGCAGAGGCAGAUCAUCAGUGUAUGAGCAGCAGUCAUAAUCACAUAGAACAGUAGUUCAGAGCGCAUUGCUCCACACAGGGAAGAAGAAAAAACACACACACACACACACAGACAGAAAGACACGGAAGAGAAGUGAGUGAAAGAGAGGCUGAGUGAGGGACGGACGGCAACGCACAGUUUAACUUCUACUCUGCGCUGCGGAAUAAUUAAAAAGAGGCGAAAAAGUGAAACUCAAGUGGCCGCAAAGUGUUGGUGAAGAUGCCGCGGGUAGUCCCGGACCAGAGGAGCAAGUUUGAGAAUGAGGAGUUUUUCCGCAAGUUGAGCAGGGAGUGUGAGAUUAAAUAUACUGGUUUCAGAGACCGGCCCCAUGAGGAGAGACAAGCUCGGUUCCAGAAUGCCUGCAGGGAUGGACGGUCAGAAGUGGCCUUUGUAGCGACAGGUACCAACCUCUCUCUCCAGUUCUUUCCAGCCAACCUCCACGGAGAUCAGAGGCAGGUUCCUACAAGGGAAUACGUCGACUUCGAAAGGGAGACAGGAAGGGUCUAUUUAAAGGCCCCUAUGAUAUUGAAUGGGGUGUGUGUGAUCUGGAAAGGCUGGAUUGACCUACAAAGGCUGGAUGGGAUGGGAUUUCUGGAAUAUGAUGAAGAAAGGGCACAGCAUGAGGACGCUCUGGCUCAGGCCGCGUUUGAAGAGGCUCGACGCAGAACAAGAGACUUUGAGGACAGGGAGCGAUCGCACAGAGAGGAUCUAGAGGACCCUGUGGUUUCUAAAAUCUGGGACUGAUGACACACAGACAGCCAGCAGAAAAGAACAGGUCCAGACGACAGCAGGACCCCAGCCCUGGCUCAAACAUGGCCAACGCUGACAUGGAACACAAGAUGCGCUGAGGAGGAGGAAGUUAUGGAUGGAGGAAGAGUAGAAAAUCCGUGCCGCCUUGUCCAUUCACUUUCAACACAAUCAACUGGAAAAAAAAAAAGUCAAAUGAAACUGCAGUUGUAGAUCUGUUGUUUCUCGUGAUUUACAUCAGGUUUGAUAUCAUCAUUUUCACAUGCCAAACCUUUUUUUUUUUUUUUUCAGUAUUUGAAUGCAGAUGAAAACUGAUUGAAUUGAAAGUGAAUAAAAACCCUAGAAAAGAAUGGCUGAGGACGUAAAAGACCUGGGCAAAAAGUAGAUAUAUAAAUGUUUAAAUGCUGAAGAAGGAACAUGAGCAGUUAAUAUUGCAUGAUAUCGUAGAUGUUCGGGUUUUUUGUUUUUUUGGUUUUAGUCAAAUGACAUUUUCACAUAUAUAAAGUCAUUCAGAUUUAAAAGCUUUGAUAUUUUUUGUCCAGGUCUGAAAGGAAAUUGAUGAAUAGGGGUAGUUUUGAGUACCAAAAUGUAUUUUCUAUUAAUAUAACUGUUGAAAAUAGAGCAAGAAGGCCUGUAAGGGGGUAUUAAUGUCAGUAAAGGGGGAAGAGGUAGUGCAGAAACUGGAAGAAGCAGUUAAAAGAGAUUUUGUUGUGGCUCAGGGUCACAGCGUACCAGCAUCAAAAAUGAGGUGUUGGGGGGAAGAAAAAAAAGAUUUCUGCAUUGUUCAGUGUUGUGCAACACUUCAGAUUUGUUAGCAUGCCCUUGUUUACCCCGACUAUACCUAGCUCACUUCCUAAAGCCUGCUGUUUUCUGAGACCAAAGUUCACUUUGCUGGAAAGGGGAGGGAAAGGGGACCGCAGGGAGGGAAUAAAAGAAGAGGGAAACUUUAGUUGCAUUUAAAUUAAAAAAAAAAAAAAAAAAGGAGGAGAGUACCCAGGGAGAAUAUUACCAGGCUGUAAGGUUAACAAGUGUUUGCUGUACUAUAUUGUUAAUUAUGUAUCAAAACAUCACUAUGGUGAGUUACCUGUGACAAUGGAAUCACAGGUUAUGUAGCAACAAUCUGAAGGUAGGACAUUCAACAAAAAGAAAUAUGCUACAAUAUCGGUGGCUCUGGAAGCAACUGGGAAAACGAUGCGUUGUUUUUGUGGACAGGGUGGGUUGAUUCAGAUGUCUUUUGUCUUCCAAGGGGUUUUGCACUAUGUGAUACAAUGUCUUGGUCUUUCUUUAGAUGCAUGAAACCAAACACAGACCUACCUAUGCUCUUUGUGUUUCCCUAUGUGGCCUAUCUAUCAUCAGAGCAAUCUUUACAGCGCUUUGAUUUGGGAUGACAGGGUGAUUCAAAACGAUGUCAUCAGGUGGGGCCCCUACUGCAGACCCCAGCAGGAGCACGCCUGGAGAGGCGCAAAGCAUCUGUGUCCUUAUGGGACUUUUCAUAUUUUCCCUAAUGUCAAACCAAAUGGCUAAAAUGUCACCAAGGAUCACCUCAGCUUGCUCUGUGCAAAGAUUUAAAAAAAAAAAAAAAGGAGUCACUGUCUAAUGAAACAGCUGUAUCUCCAAAUGUUGACAUUUUCAUUUUUAAAGUGCUUUAAAGGGUUGAGAACAUUAUAUAUUUGUAAUCCUUAAAAAGAAAGCAGGGCUUCUUUGUUUGCUCAUAAAAGUUAAACAUAUUUAACAUAUUUUCAUCAGACAGUGACCAUCAGUCACAUGCCACUAUAAGAUUAGACUUUUCAAACGGUACAUGCUAACAAGCUAAAAAUAAAAUAAAUAAAAUCAACUUUAAUAACUCAUUAUCCCCAGAGAUCCAUUAGAGUUAUAGAAUCCAUCCAAUCAAGCAGCCAUUCAUCACGAAAGGACAAAAAAAAGCCUAAAUGCAGUCUACCAUCCCAUGUCCUGUUGCAGCACUAGUGUAAUGAAAUGGUAUGUUUUUGUUUGUUUAGUUAUCUUAUCAUUUUUGUGUGAAAGUCAUGAUGUUUACUUUUUAUAUUACUUCUCACUUCUGUAUAUGUAGUCGCUUUUGUUCAUCUUCUGGCUUUGUUAUGAAGCAGCAGUAGCAGUAGGCUAUUCUGUGUAAACUUAAGUUUAAAAAAAAAAACGUCUCCAGAAACUUGGGAGGUUUGAGGACUUUAGUUGGAUUUAUUUUCCAAGUGUUCUUUCAUUAAUGUUAUUAUUUUUAUUGUUGUUGUUUUUAUUUUUUUAGGAAAUCCACUUCCUGGGUUAAAUACAUUGAAUGUGGAUUGACUCAAGCCCUGUUAACAGGCAACAUUUUUUUUUUUAUAUUUUGCAACUGAAAUUUUGUUUCAUUUUCCAGUGUAUUUUACAUUUAGUGCACUCAACGGUUUUAUUAUAAUUAUUAUAACCAAGAAAACUCCUUUGUUCCUGCCUUUCUUUCUUCUAAGUCUCAUUUGUUAGCAGUUGUAUUGAGCUCCACAUAAAAUAAGAAAAAUCUUAUUUUUUUGUACAUUGAACGCCAUGAGUUUGUAACUUUUAUGAGAUGUUUUGCAAUAAUGUUGCUAAAAAUGAUAGUUUAAAUUAAAAUAAAAAGAGAAAAAGUAAUGAAAACUCAAACAAUGAGAAGAGACUUGAUGAAGUUAUAAGUUACAUUUAAGUUAAGGCCUCGAGAUACAAAUGAUGCCUUAACUGAAAAUGGUCAAAGGCUCCUUUGUAAUCAAGACUUCACAGAGAUUCCUUCCUCUGUUUCUCCUUGCAUUGAGUACGACAAAAAAAAAUCAUUCUGACUUUUAUACAUAGAAGGACUUAAUUAGGUUAAUUUAAUCUUUUUUGUUUUGUUUUGUUUUUUCCCUUGGAGAUUAUCAAGAGCACAGAGAAAAGCUUACCUUAGAGUCCUCAGAUCCUGCAAAGUCAGCUGGCCUUGUGACUCGGUGCUUAGUUAGUUUAAGAACGUGCAAAAUAUAUUUUCUGUCUGAGGUUACCUUCACUGGGAUAAGUGGUGCAUUUAUGUUUUCUGGGUUUAGUUAAAGUUAUGUUGAAAAGUUGAGCAGAUGAGACAUGGCAGUCAGAUGGCACUGAAGACUUUGAGUGGGGUGAAGGGACAGAGGGAGGCAUUUGAACGUGAGUAUAAAGCAGGUUGUGGCAUAAGAUGAGAUUAAGGAAAUGUUGGUUUAAAGCUUUCGUACCUUUACAGGAAUGGUGGUUGAUGUUUUAAUGAGGCUGUUUUAAAGGGCAGAAAUUUUUGGGAUUACGAAAUCUAAAUCUUUAAUUUAGUCAAGGAUGGUAAAAAAUUGCAUUUUCACUGAUGGGUUUGAGCAUUAAUGAACCAGUAUAGCACAAUGAAAAGCAAGAAGUAGGUGUCAAAAGCAGCAUGGUGUGAGAUGUUUUCACCGAGGUGGUGUUUUUAUAAAGUAUGUCACAAAGUAACAAAUGUACCAAGGCUGAUUAGCAUGAACACUACUGUAAUAAAUGUGUUAAAUCUGCCACUUCUUGGUCAAAUCUGAAACUAUAUAUUUAUGGAUUUAAACAGUGUGCUCAGGUUAAGAAACACUGGUGAGAGAUUAAUUGUAAGUUAGUAACUGAGUCAAAGAUUUAGGUUGUAGUUUGUGAACACAGUAUUCCUGUCCCUACCCAGCCAGUUUAAAAAUUGAACCACACCUCAGGUGGAAUCCAUCCUUCAGUUUUCUUAAUGCAGGCAUUAAGGCAAACCAUAAAACAUUUUCUUUCCUUUUUCUUUUUUCUUUUUUACCUAAACUGUUGAUCUUCUUAAUUGUUUAACUUAUUUAUACUUACAACAGCUCUGUGAUAUUUAACGGCUUGUGCACACUCUCAGUUUCUCCUCCCUGCACGUGGUCUGUGUUUCCCUCUCUUUUAGGGUUGAGCUUGUCCUCCCAGAGGAAAUAUGAGAUACUCAAUUUAAAAUGUUGGACAUUUUUCAAAAUAAACCUGUAUUAAUUCUUGUA